CUGUUUUCGAUGUUCUUCGGCGUAGCCCUCUCUCUUGAUGUAGUCAGAUGAACAGCUACUUGACUGGCACUAGGACUGUAAUAAUUGUAGUCCUAGUUGACUGUGGGUUGAAGGCAAUACAGACUACAACGUCCGGGAAGCAAUCGAGCGGAAAGACUACACUGCACACGCGCAGACCAAACGGUCGCGCGGAAGAUUUGAGUUUUGUUUGAAUGGCUGAGGACGGAGUAGAGCACAAUGUUUUUAAGUGUUUAGCAAUGUAGAAAUGGCAGCAAAGUUAAACCUGUCGGGGCCGCCGGAUUCCGACACGUCGUCUCCAAACGACGAGUCUGUGUCCAGCCGGAGCAGUAACAGAAGUCUGAGAGUCGCAGAUAAGGCGAGGAGAAAGAACGAGGCGGAAGACCCAUUUGUUCUGGCCCUGAAGUACUUCUCUGACGUUGAAGCGGGUACUCCUUUGUACGGGAAUGAUGAGGUGGAGAGGAACAUGGUGCUGGUGGAGAAGUUGGCCUACAGUAAAGGACUUUCCCCAGAGACCAUCUCUAUUAUGCUGGAGUUUGCCAUGAGCCUCCGAAUGGGGACUAUUCUAUGUCCCCGGGUGCUGAAAUGUCUGAUUCCUGCCACUGUGGUACCUCAGGAGGCUGUUGUUCGAGCGUUUGUAUGGCUGGGGGUUGGCAAAAUACCUGUCAGCACACAAAUUCUUUUCAUAAAGUGGGUGUUGACUGUAUUUGACAUGAUUGACGCAAAGGACCAACUUCGUUCUAUCUAUGGCUUCAUCUUUAGCUUUGUCACAGAGGAAAAUCUGUGUCCUUUCAUCUGCCAUCUGCUGUACCUUUUGACCAGAAAGGAAAGUGUGCGUGUCUUCAGAGUCAGGAAGCUACUGGAGCUACAGUCUAAACUGGGAAGGCAGCCGUUCCUCCUGAACCUUCUGUCACUUUACAAAGUGUUUUGCCCUGAACUGGUGACACUCUCCAUCCCAUCACGAAUCAAGAGUGUGUUUAGAAACCACAACAUGCCCUGGAGAUCAGCUUUGAUUGCUGUCCAGAAGAGGGACUGUUCCCAGGCUUCCUCCAGCAUCAGUCUGGCCUCCACAAUCAGAGAUAAGACCAACCCCAGGAAAAGGAAACACUGCCACCUGGUCUUGCCAGCAUUGUGUUCUGUAGUUAAUAAAGAGGCUCAGACGGAGCCGUCCUCCAGCAGGAAGGUGGUCCCGCUGGUACAACUCCACUCCUUUGCUCAGCUCCUGGAAAAUAUGCACCGUAUAGAGCUGCCCGCUCAGAUGGGCUCACUGCUUGGCUCCAGUCUGGCACUGCAGUACCUGGACUGUGUACAGGAUGAGUCUGCCCUCCUACGCCUCAACUUCUGGCUAGGCUACGCUCUCCACGAAGAGUUUUUGUUCUGCGGCGAUGGAGGAGCCUCCCAGAAUUCAGAAGAAGCUCUGCAGUUUUUGAACAGGUUGCUGUCUACACAGCACUUUCUCCAGGAGGGGUUUUCCAGUUCAGAGGCUUUUCUCUACAAAUUUCUCAAUGUUUGGGAUGGUUCCCUCCUCCGCCCACAGAUCCUCGGCCUGCUGAGCAACAUUCCUGUUAUCCCCAGUUCCCAAAUCAGAUGGCUUCUAUUUGAGCCCCUCAUGCAGCUUUUCUUUACCUCUUCACUGUUUUUCAAGUGUGGACUGAUGGAGUGUCUAAACAAUAUGCUGUUAAAGUGGCUGACCUGGCACUCAGUGUAUGCUCUGGAGGACGACUUAGACAUCAGUCUCAACAGCCACACAUCCAUAAACAUGACUCUGUCAGGGUUCAAGGAUUCAGUGAUGGAGCUGGUUGACUUUGUGGGUCGGCUGGCCUCUUUGGGCCUUCAGCUUGAAGGCUGCCACUCUCUCCUCCUCAGCUUCAUCCUGGACUUCUAUGAGACGGUGUGUGACACGUUUCUGAAGUAUGGACUCCCCCUCGUGGUGAUACCUCCAACUGGAGUUUUUUACCCGGCCCUAUUUGCCUCUGACCCUGUUAGCGUGGACCGACUGGCCUACAUCAUGUACAGGUACAAGGUGAACUUGACAUCAGCCAAGAGUCAAGAAACAGAGCAGGCCUUUCACAUCAGCCGUCAGACGUUCCGUGAGUUCAACCACUACGCAGUCGUCAUGGUCAACUGUCUGUGGAACUCCAAAAUGUUUCAACCAGGCAUGGGUAUACAGCUGGGAGAGGAGCUGUUGCUUAAGAGCAAUGUGCCGCAACACUGGACGAGCUUCGACCUCAUCCACCACCCUGCCUUCAUGAGCUACGCCGUCGACUUUCACCAGAAGUGUUGGCCAGGGAGAAAGGACAUGGACCUCAAUUCCAUAAAGCAUUCCAAGCCAUGGAGCUGGUACCUGGAGUAUUUGUUCAGUCAGGGUUAUGACGGCCUGAAACAGUUUGUUCAGAGCAACAUCAUCCGGCAGAAGGCAGCAGGCGACAGGCAGGGCGACAGCUUGUCCACAUAGCAGAGGUAGACGAUCAACUCAAUGGAGAAGAAAAACAACCACUUGUAUCUUACCCGUUAAAAAAAAAAAGACUUGUACAUAUUUCAUUUCCUCGUCUCCUCAUAUCUUUAUGUACAUAAAUGUAUCUUUGUUAUUGUGUAUUCUUACUUAUAGUAUUGUCUAUUGAGUGAUAAUAGACCAUAAAGCCCUGGCAGCCGUUUGCCAGAAGAACAGUCAGUAGAAGGUUUAAGUUCAGUGAAUACACAUUCAACAGGAAGAAUGUAUUUUUAUUGCAAAAAAAA